GCUUUUCUUUUUCUUCUUUUUCGUUCCUCUGUUUCAGACUCUGCAGAGCCUCAGCAGAGAAGGAGAAGAGAGAGAAAGAGAGAGAGGGAGAGGGAGAGAGAGAGAGAAGCACACAGAACAGAGCAAAGUAAUAAAGUAGCUAAAGACUGGAAAACGCGUAAGUCCUAGAGUGCUCUGUCUGUUUUCCUUCACUUCCAUGGAAAAUCCUUCGCAUUCUCGGCAACCAAACAUGCUCUCCAAAAAGAGCUGCAAUGGCACCACCACCAAGUCCAUUUACGACGACGAGUUUGGUGGGCCACCCAGGUUCGGAGCCCCGACACUGUCUCCUCGGGUCGAGGACUACCGCGAGAUAUUCGGUGGGUUCCACGCUUCACGCGCCUCCUCGAUUCCCGUGCUCGAUCUUCCAUUGGUCGAUGAGGCGGAUGAGGUUUUCUGCGAUGCACGUAGCUCUGGUUUUGACUACGGCGAGGUUUUUGGAGGAUUGAAUGACGAUGAUUUUGCAGUGUAUUACGAUGAGUUGAUGAUGGAGCAAUCCAACGGUAUCGGUGAUGAUUCCUCCUCUGACGAGGCUUGGGCUCCAGCAGAAGCUGAAAAUCUAUCAGAUGAGUCAGAUCAUUCUGUAAAGGACCAGAGCUUAUCGAAUGGAGAUUCACAUGACUCAGUUGAUGGCAAUAUGGAGUUCAACAUAUCUUAUAGUAAAGUUGGUCAAAGAAGGAAUGAAAAUUUGUCAACUGGGAUUACACAUAUAGCUCAGCUGGAUUCUGAUUCUGGAUAUACUUUUUUGGUUGAUAAAAUGUCUUCCUUGCCAAAGACAGACCACGAGUAUCAAAAUUUGCAUCCUAGUAAUGAUGAUCGUCUCAAUAUCGAGUAUACUGGGGAAAUGCUGAGAGGAAGGCAUCUCAAAAAAGUCAUGUCAUACCCAGCUAAUAACACUAAUAAUGUACUGUUUUUUGGAGAAGACGUUAGGGCUCAAAAAGAAUUUGUCAGGAAUGGCUCUCUUCCUAAAGAGACGUUUGUAACCAUUUCUGAUGUAAGCCUUAGAACUCGGCCCUCUCAUUUGCCACCGCCUACCAGACCACCACCACCUGCACUAGAUGUCUUAAAGGGAGAUUCUGGUAAAGUGACAUCAAACUGCCAAAAUGUUGUCUUUGAAGAGACUGCUGGUGAUAGUUCCCCUCCUUACUUUGAUGUAGAGGUAGAUGCAAGCUCAUCUGCUGCUGCUAUGAAAGAAGCAAUGGAUAAAGCUCAAGCAAAGCUAAAAAGUGCAAAAGAAUCAAUAGAGAGGAAGAGGGAGAGUCUUCAAAACCGAGUGAAAUCAGAUACAAAGAAAGACAGAAAAGACAAGGAAGAAAAGUUGACUAAGAUUGUUAAUGGCCUUGUUAGCAGAAGGGAUGAGAGGGAGCAGGGAAUUAGUCAAAUAGAAGAGAAUGGAAUGGAGUUUUCUGUUUUGGAGAAGCAAAAAGUUAAAAAGACAACCCAGCCAAUUUUAGAUUUAUUAGAGGGGAAAAAGCAUCGAAAUGGGGCAAAAAGAUCUACAGAAGAGAAUCAUGGUAGGGAAUCCUCAUCAUCUCAAGGUUCUGAUAGAAUUGAUGUUGCUGGUGAAUGGAAAGAAGCUGCCCAAUUUUUUGAGUUGAUAACAGAUAAAUCUAGAAAGGCCUCUGACCAGGAAAACAAUGAAAAUGUUUUGUUGCAUAAUUCAAAUUUUCAUGAGCGUGUGGAGAAGGAAAAAAAGGCAAUUGUAAAAGCAUCGCAGCAUCCUCAAAAAAAUGACAAGAAAGUAAAAGCAGUUAGAGCAGAUGAUGAACUGGUGGAUUGUGAGAAGAAAACUGAAGAUCCAAAGGAAGCUGUUGAACAGAACAGAAGCAGUGGAAGAUCAGUCGCAGCAAACAGACAGAAAGGAAAUGAUAAGAAGGUACAAGUGGCUGUAGAGGCUUCUAAACAGGAAGGAAAUGAGAAGAAAUUUAACAUGGACUUGAAACCUGUAGAAACUGAAAAGCCUCAGGCUAGACUUGAUGACUUGCAGAAACAUGAGAACUAUGUAGAGGUUCAAGAGAGAGAGAGUAAAAUUGUAGCUAGGCAGACUAAGAAGCACAAGGAGAAAGCAUUAUGGCUAAAAGAGGAUAAUAAAAUUAUGGAGGAUGUGAAAAAAUUCACUCGUGAAAAUGGAGACAGUGAAAGGAGACAAAGGAAGGUUUUUGUGCUUGAAGAAAAUGAUGAAAAGCUUAAUGCCCCUCUUGAACAAGCAGAAAAUGACAGAAGGCUGAAGAAGGUGGUUCAUGAGCAGGAAGAAAAUGAGAAUAUAAAUAGUGAGGCUUCAGAAAUAGAAGCAAAUGGAAAGAGAUUAAGAGAGGUGCUUAGGCGGGAAGAAAAUGAGAGGAGACUGAAAGAGGCUCUUGAGAAGAAAGGGAAUAAGAGGAUACUGAAGGAUACCCGUGAGAAGGAGGAGAGGCUGAGAAGAGAAAGAGAAGCUGUUGAAUGGGAAGAGAAUGAAAAGAGACACAGAGAGGCUCGUGAAAGAGAAGAAAAUGAAAAGAGACAUAGAGAGACUCGUGAAAGAGAAGAGAAUGAAAAGAGACAGACAGAGGCUUGUGAAAGAGAAGAGAAUGAGAAGAGACAGAGAGAAGCUCGUGAAAGAGAAGAUAAUGAGAAGAGACACAGAGAGGCUCGUGAAAGAGAAGAAAAUGAGAAGAGGCACAAAGAGGCUCGUGAAAGAGAAGAAAAUGAGAAGAGACAGAGAGAAGCUGGUGAAAGGGAAGAAAAUGAGAAGAGACACAGAGAGGCUUGUGAAAGAGAAGAAAAUGAGAAGAGACAGAGAGAAGCUCGCGAAAGGGAAGAAAAUGAGAAGAGAAAGAGAGAAGCUAGCGAAAGGGAAGAAGGCGAGAAGAGAAAGAGAGACGCCCGUGAAAGAGAAGAAAAUGAGAAGAGACAGAGAGAAGCUCGGGAAAGAGAAGAAAAUGAGAAGAGACAGAGAGAAGCUCGGGAAAGAGAAGAAAAUGAGAAGAGACUGAGAGAAGCUCAUGAAAGAGAAGAAACUGAGAAUAGACAGAGAGAAGCUCAUGAAAGAGAAGAAACUGAGAAGAGAAUAAAAGAGGUUCUGGAAAAGGAAGAGAAUGAAAGGAGGAUGAAAGAGACUGUUGAGAAGGAAGAGAGACAGAGAAGGCAAAGAGAGGCAGUUGAACAGGAAGAGAAUGCAAAGAGAGGAAGAGAAGAAAAUGAGAAAAGACUAAAAGAGGCUGAGAAGAAAGAGAAUGGGAGACUAAAAGCUGUUGAAAGUGAAGAGAAUGAAAGGAGACAAAGAGAUGCUCAUGAAAAGGAAGAAAGUGAGAAGAGGUGCGAAGAGACUUUUGAAAGAGAAGAAAUUGAACAAGAGGCUUCGGGAAGAGAAGUUGGGAGGAGUCUAAAAGAGGUACGUGAGCAACAAAAAAACUGCAUGGCUUCAAGAAGGGCUCAGGAAGCAGAUGGAAUUGAAGCGGCACUGAAGGUGGACAACGAGCCAGAAGAUAUUGGGACCACAUCUCAAGCCACAUGUGAGUGGGAAGAAACAGAGGCAAAACAUACAGAUAUUGGAGAGAGUGGAAAGGAAAAGGCACUAAACAAUAUGGCAAAAGAUCACAGUGUAAUGAAGCAGGCAUGUGAGCUGUGUGAUGAUAAGAGCCUUGGAGCAACUAAGUUAGCUGGCAAAAAUGAGGGAAGCAGCAAAAAACUGGAUUUAACUAAGGAGAUUGCUAUUGAAGAAACUAGCAAGAUAGUGGAUCAACUGAGAAAUGAUGAAAAGAAAGUAGUAUCUGGCAUAGCUCAGGGUAACUUAAAACAGGAAAAGAGCCAAUUCCUAAUGGAAGAUUCAACUGACAUUGAACAGAAUAACAUUGGGAAAGUUAGGAGUAACUUUCAGGUGGACCCAGUUUUUGGAAAUCAAGGGAAGAAAUUUCCUUAUGAAAAAAGUGAUAAAGGAAAGCAUAUUGAACAGAGCCAAGUUUCCCUAAAUCCAGAAAUCAGCAAUGUGACUUUCAUGUCAGCUAAAGUGGUGAAAGAAUCGGUUGAUACUGCAAGGAAAAUUGGAGGAGCUCAGCAAAUUAUAUUAGAAGUAAAAGGAAGCACUCAAAGAACAGCUCAGCAGGUUAAUGCAACUCAAAGCACUGAAAGAAAAGUGAAGAAUUCUUAUGAGACUCUUUCAUCAGAAGACAAAGAAGCAGAAAGAAUGAAGAGAGAAAGAGAUCUGGAAAUGGAACGCCUUAGAAAAAUGGAGGAAGAGAGGGAGAGGGAACGGGAAAGAGAGAAGGAUAGGAUGGCUGUUGAUAAAGCAACACUUGAUACUCGUGAGGGGGCAUAUGCUGAAGCUCGUGAGAGGGCAGAACGGGCUGCUGUGGAAAGAGCAACUGCUGAAGCUCGACAAAGAGCACUAAAUGAGUCCCGUGAAAGAUUAGAGAAGGCAUGUGCAGAGGCUAGGGAAAAGUCCCUACCUGAAAAGGCAUCUAUGGAGGCCAGGCUUAGGGCAGAACGUGCUGCAGUAGAGAGAGCAACUGCUGAGGCACGAGAGCGGGCUUUUGAAAAAGCAAUGGCUGAAAGAGCUGCUUCUGGUGCAAGAGAACGAGUAGAAAGAUCUGUUUCAGAUAAAUUCUCUGCUUCUUCCAGGAGUAGUGGAAUGAGAGCAACCUCUUCAUCCUCUGAUCUGCAAGAUCUGCAAUCCCAAGGCUCAGGCACAUUUACUGGUUCAAGAUAUCAAUAUUCCUCGGUUUAUAGUGAAAGAUUUGAAGGAGUUGAAGGUGAGUCAGCUCAGAGGUACAAAGCUAGAUUAGAGAGACAUCAAAGAACAGCUGAACGUGCGGCAAAAGCCUUGGCAGAGAAAAACAUGCGUGAUCUUUUUGCUCAAAGAGAACAAGCAGAGAGAAAUAGGUUAGCAGAAACUCUGGAUGCUGAUGUCAAGAGGUGGUCAAGUGGCAAGGAAGGAAAUUUGCGCGCAUUGCUUUCAACCUUGCAAUAUAUACUUGGGCCUGAUAGUGGUUGGCAACCAAUACCGCUGACAGAAGUUAUAACUGCGGCUGCGGUAAAGAAAGCUUACAGGAAAGCCACUCUUUGUGUCCAUCCUGACAAAUUACAACAACGUGGUGCAAGUAUUCAGCAGAAGUACAUCUGUGAGAAGGUCUUUGAUCUUCUAAAGGAAGCUUGGAAUAAAUUCAACUCUGAGGAGCGGUAGGGUAUCAGUUGUGCUUGAUAUCUACAGUUAGAUCAGCAUUCUGUAAAUCCUAAGUAAAUAUCUUUAUAUGUAUCUAGUUCUUCUUUUUUAUAUUUUCUGAAUAUAAUUGUAUGAAAGAAAAAAAAAGGAAUUAAACGAAGAUUAUUCUAGGAAAAUUGCCCAGUUUCAAUUCCACAUAUGGUUAAUAUGAUUAAAUUUCAAUAUUUA